AUGAGCGUCGACGCAUCCCAGAUUCAGGCGUGCGACCGCUGCCAUCGGCGCAAGACAAGGUGCGAUAAGACACGGCCGGAAUGCAGUCCUUGCAAGAAGUCAAGGUCUGCGUGUGUCUAUUCUGAGAGGGUCAAAGAGCCCACAUUUCCGCGAAGUCAUGUCCAGACUCUUGAGCGCCGAAUUCAGCAGCUUGAGGCGGCGAACAAGGCACUUACAUCGGCCAAUAAGGCCCAUCGAACGGUCGCCCACAGAGCGGCACGAGAUGGGGAAGAUCGAUCCAGCUCGCGGUCUUCUAUCGCCAGCGAUAACGAAGUUGCGAAUGAGGUGACCUUUCUUUCUACUAGUGUUGGCGGUGAUAGCCUUUUCCUAGGACCGACGAGUGGUAUCAUUCUUGCUAGUCUGGUGAGAGCCGGUGUCGCGGUCGAUGUCGAAAGAGAUGCACCAACCUCAUCUCUUGCUCGGAGUCUUAUCGAAGCAUAUCUGGCACACGAUCAUCUUAGCUACCCCUUUCUUCAUCCGCGGGCGGUAAGGGCCGUGGUGGAUGGCAUCUAUAGCGAUGCGGGCUUUGAAAAGACGCACCCCUUUGAGAUGUUCAUGUUCCACAUGAUUCUCGCCAUCGCUACAUCUCAAGUAUACAAGUUCAACUGGAGAGUCUUGCCGGAUGCAGAAACGCAUCUUCAAAAGGCCACCGACUAUCUCAAUGCCGUGCUGUUCGAGGGCGGGCUACGGGCUUUGCAAGCCAUGCUACUGCUCUGCCAGUUCCGGCUGAGCAAUUCUACAAAUCAUGCUUCUGAUAGUCUCUGGCACAUUGUUGGUAUUGCGGUGCGCAUGUGUUUCGAGCUCGGUUUACAUCGCGAGGCCACGUACCGGACGGCUGGCUCGAGACGUGAUGCUACCGAUGUAUCGUUUCUAUCGCCCAAAUAUGAGGAAAACGAAGUUCGUCGAAGGUGUUUCUGGAGCGUUUAUGCUCUCGACAGAGUCAUAUCCGUUACACUAGGACGCCCUUUAGCCAUCUGUGUUGAAGAUAUCGACGUUGAACUCCCGACCGAUGACUUUGAAGAAACAAUUCCGUCAAGAUAUCGCACGGCUAUCUUUGUUCAUAUUGUGCGCUAUCGUGAUAUAUGCGCAGACUUUUAUCAGAAGCGGGAUCAACUUGCCACCGAAUUGAACGCAUGGCGAGCGGAAACAAAUCGUCUCAACACUCCGGAUAUGGACUUGUCGACUCCUCUUGCCGAGGCUCGGUCCAGCUUUCGAUCAAAGGCUUGGUAUGAGCUUCUGUAUCAUAACGGCGUUCUCCUCCUCUACCGUCCGUCAGCUUUUACAGUCUCGGAUGGACGAGAUGGGUCUAAUUUACAGCACGUCUUUUCAGCAGCAAGGCAGUCAAUUACACUUUACGCCUAUCUAUUCCGAUCGCGCAAGAUCAAUUUCUCUUGGAUGGUGCUUCAUGCAGUUUUCAUGGCCGGAAUAUCCUACAUAUAUGCCUUGAGUCGACAUUUUCGUGAAAAGAGGCGUCGUCGUAAUGGCGGAGAGGGCGAUGGCAAUCGAUUCCAGCUGCUUCAGGAGCCGACCAUUGUUGAGAUUGUCAACGACUGUCGAGCAUGUUCAAAUGUCAUUGUUGGCGUUUCCGAGAGGUGUAAUUCUCAAAAGAACUGUCAUGAAGUAUUUGACCGUCUCAGUGAUGCUCUCGUCGAGGACGCAGUAGAAGCACUUUCACAUACUCGCCAGUCCGGCUCCCUAACCGCUCGACAAGACAACCAUUCGGCUAUGUUAGCUAUACAAUCUUCAAGCCAAACUCCAAGUAAUGAUAUUAAUAUGCAAAAUGGUCUUGUUUCUGAGCCUACCCUGGCGGGAGUCGGAUCUAGCAACGGCGGUUACCACUCUCGGGAGACGGCAUUCACAGGGCUUGGUGACAAUAGCUUACAAGAGGACAGCGGAAGGCAGGCGUUCAGCCUUGGUACGCCUCUGGCAGCUGACAAUGCUCUCCGGGACUGCCUACCUGAGCUCCAAAGGAUGUAUAAUAUGCCAUGGGGAGAUGAUGCUAUCUUGCAACUCAGCAAUGACUGGCUGGGCGAAAUUGGGGGCUACGACAGAUUCAUGGGGAAUGAAUGGGGCAUGGAUCAAUGA